AUGGCGAUAAGAGUGGAUCUUUAUGGUCUCUGGCUAACGGGACCCUCAGGUUAUCUCUCUGACGGACCAGGAAACUACAAAUACAAGACCAAGUGCACAUGGCUUAUUGAGGGACAGCCGAACUCAAUCCUGAGGCUUCGCUUUGAGCAUUUUGCCACUGAGUGCAGCUGGGAUCAUCUGUAUGUGUAUGAUGGAGACUCCAUCUACUCUCCUAUACUUGCUGCCUUCAGUGGUUUGAUUGUUCCUGAGAGCUACAGCAAUGAGACCGUCCCAGAGGUGGUGGCACAGUCUGGCUUCGCUCUGCUGCACUUCUUCAGUGACGCGGCAUAUAAUCUCACUGGCUUCAACGUCUCCUACAGGUUGAAUAUGUGCCCAAAUAACUGCUCUGAUCGUGGGGAGUGUCGUGUGGGGAAUUCCAGUGACUCUGUGCAGUGUGAAUGUGAGGUCGGCUGGAAAGGAGAGGCCUGUGAUGUGCCCUACUGCUCCUCUGACUGCGGCUCCCCUCUGCGGGGACGGUGUGACAGCGCCGCCAAACGCUGCCAGUGCAAACCAGGAUGGCAAGGCCUGGACUGCUCAAUAACUGUACCAGCAAAUGUUUCCUUCUGGACACGUGAGGAAUACAGCGGGCAUGGCUUGGUGCGGGCGUCCCAUAAGGCUGUGGUUCAUGAAGACGUGAUGUGGGUGAUAGGUGGACAUAUGUUUAACUACACACACUACCAGAUGGUGACUGCGUUCAACAUCUCCUCUCAAAGCUGGAUGUCGUUAAACCGGUCCGUCAACUCUGUAACUGGACGCUACGGUCAUUCUCUCUCCCUGCAUGAGGAUCAAAUCUAUAUGUACGGUGGGAAGAUUGACUCCACAGGAAACGUGACAUCAGAACUCUGGGUGUUCCACACAUGGAACCAGUCAUGGGUUCUGCUGAAUCCGCGUGCUAAAGAACAGUAUGCCGUCGUGGGCCAUUCUGCACACACUGUCCAGCUCCAUCCCGACAGAUCAGAGCCCGUCAUACUGGUCGUCUUCGGACACUGCCCUCUUUACGGAUACAUCAGCCAAGUGCAGCAGUACAACAUUGUAAAGAACACAUGGAGUGUUUUAGAGACUCGUGGGGCACUGGUUCAGGGUGGCUAUGGGCACAGCAGUGUGUAUGAUCCUCAAACCCGCUCCAUCUACAUCCAUGGAGGCUAUAAAGCUUUCAGUGCCAAUAAAUACGGCCUGGCCGGGGACCUGUACCGCUAUGAUGUGGACAAGAGAAUGUGGUUGAUUCUGAGGGACAGUGGUUUUUUCCGUUACCUCCACACGGCGGUGAUUGUUGACGGGAACAUGUUGGUGUUUGGAGGGAACACGCACAACGACACCUCAAUGAGCCAUGGGGCGAAGUGCUUCUCCUCAGACUUCAUAACAUACAGCAUAGCUUGUGAUGAGUGGAUUGUACUGCCCCAUCCAGAUCUUCACCAUGACGUCAACCGUUUUGGCCACUCAGCUGUGUAUCACAAUGGGGUGAUGUACGUGUAUGGAGGCUUUAACAGCCUGAUGCUCAGCGAUGUGCUGAGGUUCACCCCUGCGAGCUGCGCUGCUUUCUCGGAGCAGCUGGAGUGUGUGACGGCUGUGCCCGGCGUGAAGUGUGUGUGGAACUCCACUACCUCCACCUGUAUGUCCUGGGACACAGCGGCACCCCAUGACACAGAGAGCUUGAGAAACACCUGCAGUCCCAGAGGGGGUAGUACCAGUAUUUUCAACAUCAUAAUAACCCUCACCACGCAGAAGAAAGUCCAGUUCGUCCUCAAAGAGAUGCAUAACAGAUCAUUGCAAUCAAAAGCAGUGAUCACUCCGUGGGUGGGUCUGAGGAAGAUCAAUGUCUCCUACUGGUGCUGGGAGGACAUGUCCCCCUUCACCAACUCCACGCUGCAGUGGCUGCCGGGCGAGCCCAGCGACGCUGGUUUUUGUGGGUUCCUGGCUGAGCCCACUUUUAACGGACUAAAGGCGGCGACCUGCGUCAACUCUGUGAAUGGGAGUCUGUGUGAACGACCAACGAACCACAGUGUGAAGCAGUGUCGGACGCCCUGUGCCCUGCGCUCUUCCUGUAGUGAGUGCACCAGUGGGAGCUCAGAGUGCAUGUGGUGCAGUAACACGAGGCAGUGCGUGGACUCUAAUGCUUAUGUGGCAUCCUUCCCCUACGGCCAGUGCAUGGAGUGGUACACCAUGAACAGCUGCCCACCGGAGAAUUGUUCUGGCUACAAGACCUGUGGUCACUGUUUGGACCAGCCUGGCUGUGGGUGGUGCACUGAUCCCAGCAAUACAGGACGGGGCCAGUGUAUAGAGGGCUCUUACCGCGGCCCAAUUCAAACACUGUUCCACGCCCCUUCCUCUUCAGGCCCCUCCCUCAUUCCCGCCCCUCAGCCAAUGCUGAACGUGAGCUUGUGCCCACUAGAGGGCAGCUACAACUGGUCCUUUAUCCAGUGCCCAGCAUGCCAGUGUAACGGACAUAGCUCUUGUGUCAAUGAGAGUGUAUGUGAGAGAUGCGAGGACCUCACCACAGGCAAACAGUGUGAGAGCUGCAUCUCCGGUUACUAUGGCGAUCCCACAAACGGGGGCAGCUGUCAGUCUUGUAAGUGCAACGGCCAUGCCAGCAUGUGUAACUCUAACAAUGGCAAAUGCUUCUGUACCACCAAAGGCAUCAAAGGAGACCGCUGCCAUUUGUGUGAGGUAGAGAACCGUUACCAGGGCAACCCUCUGAAGGGAACGUGUUAUUACACUCUGCUGAUAGAUUACCAGUUUACCUUCAGUUUGUCUCAGGAGGACGACCGCUACUACACUGCCAUCAACUUUGUGGCAACUCCAGAUGAGCAAAAUCGAGACCUGGACAUGUUUAUUAAUGCCUCAAAAAACUUUAACCUCAACAUCACAUGGGCAACCAGCUUUGCAGCUGGGACUCAAGCUGGUGAGGAAAUCCCUAUAGUCUCCCGCAGCAACAUAAAGGAAUUCAAAGACAGUUUCUCCAACGAGAAGUUCGAUUUCCGUAGCAAUGCCAACAUUACCUUCUACGUGUAUGUCAGCAACUUCACCUGGCCAGUCAAAAUCCAGAUCGCUUUCUCUCAACACAGUAACUUCAUGGAUUUGGUUCAGUUCUUUGUCACGUUCUUCAGCUGUUUCCUGUCCUUGCUUCUGGUGGCAGCAGUCGUAUGGAAGAUAAAACAGAGCUGCUGGGCGUCACGGCGCAGAGAGGUCAGUGCUGUAGCAUUUCCCUUGUUACCUGUGGAAUUUCAUUGACUUUCCCUGCCUCUUGCUGCUCUACACAGCUUUGAACCAUCCCAUUAAUGUCACAUCAGCAUCUCUGAAUGCUGUCAGUCAGGCUGGACAGAUCCAUCUGUUAGGCUGUUUUUGGACAAUUCCACUAGAAGUUUGUCUCUGUCUUUUGUUUUUUUUUAUCAUUAUUUGUUUUUUUCUUUAAUGGCGGUUACUGAUAUCUUGUGAGCAUUUUGUUGGUUUUAUGCAAUUUAGUUACAUUUCAGCUACACAAACUAUUUAAGUGGAUUUAUAAAGUUAGUAUUAAGAAAUAUUCUCAUGGUGUGAAGCAAUUGGUUUUCUUAAAUGGUUGGAGUGACCUUAGCUUUUUGGUUUUACAGUGUAUACUUAAUCAUGAAAUAACAAUUGUUAUUUUUAUAUGUAAAUAACAUUUAGGAACUGUGUUUGAAAUAAAUAAGGAGCAGUAAAUUAGUACUGAUACAAAAAACAUGAGAAAUGUAUUUUUUAAUUUGAUUUUGUUAUGCACACGGAUGUCCUUUGCUUAGAUGCAUGUUGAAAAGCCACUAAAAGUAAUUUAUCCAAAUAUCAUCAAAUAUAUCUAAGCAUUGAUUUUUUUAGGUAGAAUGUGAGCUUAUUGAUGCAUUUCAGUGAAUCUGCUUUUCUAUUUCAGCCGUUCCUUCUGGUCAGAGGCUUUCCAUAUACUUAGUUCGUAUUUAGUUUGGACAGUUAC